AUGGCCUCCGAUCUCGCAUCCAUAACUUCCAGUGAAUACCAGAAACCAGGAUUUCGUGAAAAGAUCCUCGCUCUCAAGAACAAGGCACCACUCGCUGCUGGCGAGCGCACGGAUCCAGCAUUCGAGAACUCUUUCGGCGAUCAAUUGAGCGACCUUGGUGGUCGGCAGCGAUGGGUCUUGGUUGGGUUGGCUUUACAAAGAUGGCAUCAGGAUCUGAGGGAUCGAGUGGGAGAGGUACUGCGUGAGAAUGAAGGAGAGAUAUACAAAGGCCGCAGUAUUCGGGGUACUGCAACGCUGCGUCAUUGUUGGAUGCUAGGACACGACAAAACAUGCGCGCAGCCUACAGUCGUGAUAUCUUGUAACCAGUCUACGGUCUUGAAGAGGACUUACCGAGUUGUAUCUCAGCAUGGAGUCCUAAAGGCUGCGAAAUUUGCGCUAAAAGCGAUACCUUUCUGUGAUUUGAGACUUCGGAUGGAUCGGAGAGUUUCUUUUCUAAGUGGAGAGGACUACACCCUCGACGAAAAUGGCGACAUCAGACGUGAUGAUCACGGUCAUCCCAUACGUGUCCGCCGACUCGGCUCUGAAGACCACCAUGAGCAUGGCACACAAUAUCAGGCGAGAAUGGGGGAGGAGCAGGACCAAAAGAAGGAAACGUACGAGAAGACAGUCGAGGAGGGAAAACAGCUGGAGCAGAGUUUGAAGGCAAUGACGCUUCUGGAGGAGAUAAUGCCCGUGCAGCAUGACAUGGACACCUCAGAUGAGGAGCACGUACCUCUUCGAUUUGGUGCGGAAGAGAUCAUCGUUCCAGACUCGGGUAGACCCACAACCUUGGGUGGCUUUAUCAUGGUCGAUGAUGUUUGCUUUGGCCUUACGACCGCACAUGCAUUCACUGAAGAAGAUGAAGGCUUCGGCCAACGAAGCCUCUCUGGAAGCACAACAGAACUUCCACUUUACGAUAGCGAUUGGGCCAACGAGGACUCUAGUGAUGAUGGUGAUGAGAAUGAAGGGCUGGAUCCACCCCAGGAACCCCAUCAUGAGCGCCGACUACAGCGGAAACGGAAAAGCAGGAUUGUUGAAGACCAGAGCUAUUACACCACGGCUUGGAAUUCUCUUCACAUCACAGCCAAAUCCCGACUGUCCAGUGCCAAGGGACUCGACUGGGCACUGUGUGAGCUUGGUGAUUGGGGCAAAUACGCAAUCAAUGGAGUCUACCUACAUCCAGAACUACGAAGCGCCGGAAUGCCCGAGCAUCUCCUGUUCAGAAACAUCAAGUCUACGCCCCCACUUGGUAAGAUCUUGGUGGCAACGCGGAGAGGUGCCGUGCCUGGAAUCGGCACCGGCUCGGAUUGCGCUAUCAAGUUUCCGCGAGAUAACAGAUACCGGCGUGUCUGGUCUGUCGAACUUGGGGAAAGCCUUUCUUCUGGCGAUUCUGGAUCUUGGGUCGUAGAUGCUACAACAGGAGAUGUGUAUGGCAUGAUUAUAGCUGGAAGUACUGGACUUCGCGAGGAAUAUGUUAUUCCUGCGGUGGAGAUUGGACAAGACAUUUGUCGAGUCAUGCGUGCUAAUACAGUCAGAUUGCCAACCUUUCAGGAUGUUAUGACCGCGCACACAGAGGAACGAUCGGCUCGGCCAAACUUCGCCUUGAACGAUGACGCGAUGGGCUGGGAAUCCGACGAUUCAGAUGAGAUUCUCGAUGAAGAAGUUCUGGACAAGGAUGAAGAACGUUUUCUCCUUGCGGAGGUUCUUAAGAAUUCCUCAAUCGAUACCGAAACACUCGUCAAAGUCAUAAAAGACGCGGGAGUCCGGCCGAAGUGGACCAAGAUAUCUUUACCAAAAGGGCGAUCUAUGAAAACAUCGCAGAGGGCAAUCGAUCGUCUUCUGUCGAGCCGCAGGCUUGAAGAGAUCGCUACCCAAGUUGACAGAGAGUUCAUACCAUUAGAAGGGCAAGAAGAGCGCCGGCCCAGCGGAGAUUCCGAUUCGAAGAGCGGGGGACCAAAAGUCCCCCGUGAAAAUGCCAAGAACGUCGACGAUUACAAUACGGUGCCAGUGGGAGAGCCACCCGAGCUCCUGGACUCAAACCCGAAGUUUAGGGCAGAAACCUCAAGACGGGCAUGGCGCGCGAAGCGGCAAGCUGAACGUGGUCCUAAACCUCAUCAUCGAAAAUCCUAUAGGAAGUCUGACGAAUUCACUCAAGCAGAUCCGACUAUACAAACGCCUGAUCCAGUCGAACCACAGUCUACAAGCUAUCAAAGCAAGUUUGAGAUGGAUUCAGAAGACGAACCAGGCAGUGACGAACCCGACAUCAUAGUCGUGAGGCACAAAGGCUCAUUGUACAAAUUGAAGUUUCCUGCUUUUUCGCUCGCGGGGGGACUGACAUUAGUUGGGCACCUUCGGCAGCAAGCAGCGACAGAGUUUGACGUUGAAGACGCCAGCAGAGUCACGUUGGUCUACCAGGGCAAGACCCUCAAAACCGAUGCCAGCACCUGCCAUGAAGAAGGGUUGAAAAUGAGAAGCGAGGUGCUGUGUGUUGUCAAAAGAACGCCGAUUGAGGAUAUUGAUUUUCUUUCUCAUAAGUUCCAUACUGAGCUCGUCCCUCAAGGACUUGAGUUCAUCUCCAAUACACCUGCUGACCCCAGAAAGAGAGACUUUGAGUACAGAAAGAUCAGCGAGACAAUUCUGGCACAGAUACUCUUGAAGUCUGAUGCUGUCGAAACGGAGGACGAUACCGCUGCAAGGAUGAGAAGGAAAGAACUUAACAAAGAGGUCAACGGCUUCUUGACCAAUUUGGAUAUAGCCUCUCAGAGGGAUGUACCUUCCGCAUGGCACGCUGACUUUAUCGAGCAAAAGCAGACGCCUGGAACACGUCGAACAAGCACAGUUCUGCCAAAUAGACCAACUCCGACUCUUUCGCGGAGCUCGAACCUCGGCAAGAGUGACAGCAGAAAUGAUGAUUUAUCACGAGCAAGCGGUUGA